UAUAGGUUCCUUUGGGUUGCUUGAUUCUCCUGAUCUUUCAGUUCUUCAGACAGGAGAUACUGUUGAGCACUGACACAAGGCCACAAGGGCAUUGAUUCUCCUCAAUCAUUCACCUGACCUCGCCCACCAUGAAUCAUCCAUCCCCUUGUAUUAAACCUAGUAACCAUUAUGCAACCUCUUCUUUUCUGCUUUCUGUCAUGCUCAGAUGGUGGUUGAAUCAGCUUGUACAUAUCUGGACUGAUCCGUUAGUUUUUGGUUUAGUUAAAGGUACGUUAUUCAAGCAAUUAGCAAUGGAUUCACAAAUAAUUCCUUACAAAAUGAUACCAAAAAAUCAGGACAACCAGAACUUGAACAGUAAUGGUAGCCCCAUCAAGCAACUUCGGUCGCAUUCUUUAUAGAAUUGAUAACUUGAUGCUAUAAAUAUUAGAAGAUAUUUAGGGCAUGCAAGAAUCAUUUCCUAACAUAUGCUUAUCGGUAAUAGGCAUAUCCUUGAUGAAGAUGCAAAUGGAUGUGAUCAUCAAGAAGACAAGAAUUUCUAUCCUAAAGACAAAAGUUUAGAGAACUACUGUUUAGAGAAGGGAUUUAUUCCCUUAUUUCCUUUUCCUUUCAAAAGUUUAAUUAAGAACAGAGACUGCCUACGUGUUAUUACUGCACAUCGACUUUAACUUUGAAUUGCUUCUUUAAAAUGAAGAAACUAUCCCUUAAAUGAUCUGCACACUAGUCAUUUCUUAAUAGCAAUGCAAAUCAAAAACUUGUGUAAUAGGUUGCCGGUUAACAAAUCUUAAGAAGACCAUGAAAAGUAAAAAUUGGUAUAUAUUCCUUCGUGGGACAAGGCCUAAUAUACCUUAUGCUUUGCCUACUUGCUUCUUGAUAACACAGGGAUUCCCUAUCCCAUGAAAUCUAUUUAGAAUUCACCUCCAUUCCUGGUGGAACAAGCGCUUUCCAGUUGCUUCAAUUAUAAGCCAAUGUUCCCAACUUCAAAUCACAACUUUCUAGCCUUCAAAACCAUCCCUAACUACCCAUCGAGCAAAAAAUAUCCAGAUCAAACCCUUCAUAUCAUCCAUUAGCUUCGCAAUGUAUUCCUCAAAGAAACCUCAGAAAUACAUAGACACGACCAUGAAGAACAGUGAGAUAUCCCAUUUCGGUCAUCCUCAACACAUGCUGAGUUUCGAAUACUCACAAUUCCCAUUCAAAUGCGAUGGCUGCAAGGAAGUAGGGAUAGGCUCGCGCUACAAAUGCUCCAUUUGCGACUACGAUCUCCACAUGCACUGUGCGUUACCUUCACCUUCGAUCUACCAUCCAUUCUACCCAAAAUGUUCGUUUCAAUUCCUCUCUCGUCCACCAGGCGACAUACCUCGAUUCUGCAACGCGUGCGAGAAGGGCAUAUCAGGGUUCGUCUAUCACUGCCCAUCGUGUGGAUUCGAUCUCCAUCCAUGCUGCGCGAAGCUUCCAAUGGUUCUUGACGAUGGCGAAGUGAAGCUGUAUCUGUAUCAGAAGGUGAGCUCGGCGUGUCACCGAUGUGGGAAGAAGGGACGAAGCUGGAGCUACAGAUCAAAGUGCAAGAGCUACAAUCUACAUGUGGCUUGUGUGAGGGAGAUGGUGGUGGAGAGUUGGCCUGAGAUUUAUAUGGAAAGCAAGAAAGGAAGUUACAGAUUGGAGAAUGAGGUUCCUAGCUUGAAGAACACGCUUCAGAGCAGCCAUAGUAGCAGCAGCAAAAGCAAAGGGAAGGUGAGGAAGUGUUGUGAGAUGGCGGGGAUGGCCGUUCAGUUCGUUGUAUCGGCAGUGUUGGGAGAUCCAACGGUCCUCAUUGGUGGGAUUGUGGGGUCCUUGAUAUCACGUGCUUGAUGGACUAACACCCAUCCAACGGCUCUGUUCCGGUGUGUCUCUCUGUGUGUGUACACACUUACACAAAUAACGUAACGGUCAAAAUUUAUCUUUAUAUGACGAGUUACAUUUCUGUGUGGCGCUUUUGUUGGUAAAUGUCGUUUGAACCUGGGACUCUGUAGUUACAGAAUUAUGGUGUAUAGGACUUGUCUGGGUACGGUAUGAAAUUUAAGGUCUUCUUAAAUAUAAUUCCAGUGUUCCUUGGAUAA